AUGACCAAGUUAGAGGAACAGGAGGCAGCGAUAACGACGGCAGAGGAGAAGAGAAACGUUAAGAUGUCGUCCAGUGACGUGGAUAUUAAUGACACUGCAGGCGAUAAGAGCAAGCAGAAGAAGAAGAAAAAGAAAAACAAGAAGAAAAACAAGACCGCCUUAGGCUCUAGAUUGCCACCGUUCCGUGGUGUCUUAGGCUUUACAGACAGCUAUGUGGCUGUGGGACAGACAGAUCCACCCACAAUUCCCAUUGAAAAGCUUUAUCCGGAUGGUCAUUACCCUGAGGGCGAGAUUCAAGACCAUCCAGGAGAUUUUAACAUGUUUCGACUUACGAGUGAGGAGAAGCGCGCGAUGGAUAGAGCACAAGAAGAUCUGUACGAGACGGUGCGCCAUGCAGCCGAGGUGCAUCGUCAUGUGCGCAAAUUUGCACAAAGUAUCAUAAAACCUGGAGUAAAGCUCAUCGAUAUGUGCACACAGCUCGAGAACAAAAACCGUGAGCUUGUCGUUGAGGCUGGUUUUGCUCGCGGCAUUGGCUUCCCCACGGGUUGCUCAUUGAAUCAUGUGGCGGCUCAUUACACACCCAAUUCGGGUGACGAGACGGUUUUGUCGUAUGGCGACGUCAUGAAGGUGGACUUUGGUACGCAAGUCAAUGGUCGCAUCAUCGACAGUGCGUGGACCGUGGCGUUUGACCCGCAGUUUGAUCCACUGCUUGAGGCUGCAAAGGCUGCUACAGAGGCGGGGAUUGCUAAUGCUGGUAUUGAUGCCCGUUUGGGUGAGAUUGGUGCCGCUAUUCAGGAAGUUAUGGAGUCAUUUGAGGUUACAAUUGAGGGCAAACUCUACCCUGUGAAGUCGAUUCGUAACCUGAACGGCCACUCCAUUGGCCCGUACCAGAUUCACGCUGGCAAAAGCGUUCCGAUUGUGAAGACAGAAGAUCAGACAAAGAUGGAAGAGGGCGAGAUUUUCGCCAUUGAAACGUUCAACACCACCGGCCGUGGCUACGUGGUUGAAGACGGCGAGUGCUCGCAUUAUGCUAAGGUGUUUGACGCACCUCACGUGCCUUUGCGUCUGCCCCGCGCCAAGAAGCUGUUGGGACAUAUCACUCGUACGUUUGGUACGCUGCCGUGGUGCCGCCGAUGGAUCGAGCGUGAGGAUGGUGGCUCUGCCACUAUUAAUCCAAAGGGUGCCAAGCAGGAAAAAUACCUAAUGGCUCUGAAGAACUUGGUGGAUACGGGGAUUGUCAUGGCAUACCCGCCACUUGUGGAUGUAAAGGGUAGCUACACCGCGCAGUACGAGCACACGAUCAUUCUACGCCCUACGUGCAAGGAAGUUUUGUCUCGUGGUGAUGACUACUAA